AUGAACAAGUACUUUGUUCACGAGAAGUACACGGUUAAAUACUGUAAUCGUUGCGGGACUCAUGGUUUACUUUUUGCUUUGCUCCUUGAACAUCAAUUUUUGCAAGAAUUUUCGAAAAAUUUCGAGAGAAAAAAACAGUGGGUCGAUCAGAUUUUCACUAAUAAAAUGUCGAAUCCGUACUCAUUAUUCGUUUAAUUAUUCUGUUGCUCAAAAAUAAUGCAAAAAAUGAUUGCAGGACCCAUCAAACUUACCCGCCGCCGCCAUGUCGUUCAACAUAGAAAACGAGUCUUUAGUUUGUCAACUUCAUCAUAAAACCAAACAUAACCGUAGUCUGAACGUCGUGGUCGAGCUGUCGGCGAAGAUCGGGUCGCCGCUCUUGGAGAACGGAGAAUGGGUGGUGCCGAGCGAAAUCACCGGACUGAAGGCCAAAAAGUCCAAGGUGGUGAAGGUAAUCGAUUGAAUUGCUUCCCCAAAAUAGAGUCAUCACGUCGCAUUUAGGUCCGCUUCAGCCCAUUAGUCUCCGAAUUGUCAUCAAUCGAUGCGGCCGUCCAUCGGGCCGCAUGCGAAAGUGCUAUCAAGCAUCUCGACAUUCUUCUCGAGGAGAGUGUCUGGACGAGACAGUCUUCGCAGGACGAGCAUCCGUUCGGAAAGCAAAUCGGCAAGAUGCUCGAGAUCCUCGAAGACAUGGACAAGGUCGUCGAGAUAGACAACAACAAAGUGCACUUAUCGUUCCUCAAAAACGAUUAUUUCGACGAGUUGCUCAAGCUGAUCAACUGCAAAUCGGUCUCUGCCAACUUGCGCACCAUCAUCGUCGACGAUGGCGAACAGCAGACUGCGGAUGUUGUGUUCGAGAAGGACGGGCGGUCUGAACGGCUCAUCCGUCUCGUUCUAGACUCCGGGUAUCUGAAAACAUCGGAAUCCGGCAGGAGUGCGUGUUCGAAUUGUCGAAGACGUGCUUCAAUUGGAUUCUGACGCGUUGUGACGAAGAUCUGGAGAAUUCGCCGCCAAAUGUUUCACAGAAGCUUGACUGCUACAUGUGGAUCGAUGGGAAGGAGCACGAAAUGGUUCGUGAGGGGUCGCUCGUAGUUUCACUUUUUGUGGCCACAAUUAUCUCAUGUUGUCCCCGAUAAAUGAACAGUUUUCUUUUCAGCCGGUCUACUCGCCGUGCGCCUCCGUUUUCCAUCAUCUCGACAAAUUGUCCACUUCUCUGACCACCGUCAGUCCGCCGGUGUCGAACGAAACCCUUCCGAAAGUCCCGCAUGCUCUCGCCGUUGACGCGAUCGUUGGUCUCGACAAGGUUCCCCCGCUGCUUCCACUCCCUUUCUCAUCCUUCUCAUUCCAGAACGAGGCGUUGUGUCUCCAUAAGUUCAUCCAAAAUAUAAAACAGGUUCCUCUUACCAUUCACACUGACUUCGACGUCGAAUCGAUGGACGUUUACUCGGAUACUGAGACCAAACUGAGCGGUUCCCCGACCGAGUCCAUCGAUUCCGGCGUCUCCUCGCUUUCCUCUCCCCGCCAAUCCACCUUCGAUGAGGAGGACGAAGACGAAGAGUCGCCGGCUCCUUUGGCCAACCGCUUCCGCUCCUGGAGCGAGAGCGGCUCUUCCCUCAAAGGGAUUCUAAAGUGGCCGUCCACACGUCGUUCGACCAGUCGUCUUCUCUCCAGUCCUCACAUGAUUCGUUCCUAUUCCGAAUGUCAUCACGACGAUUCGCUGCCGAUGAUGCCGUUAAGAUUCUCCGAGGACGACGAGGACGCCUUCCACGGUAAUAUCGUGAUCUUUCCACGUUUUAAUAAUCGAUAACCGUUUUUAGAGGAGGAUUCCUCGUCCGACUGCUGUGUUCUUCCAGCGGCGCCGCGCAAAAAGAGCGUCUCGUUCAGCGAGCGCAUUGUGCAAACGCGUCUCUUCAACAGCAACACGAGCAUCGACGCGCAGAAACGGAAGAAUCUGAAGAAGAACGAGAAGAAGAAGAAGAGGGAGGGCUCGCUGGCAUCGAGCAUCGAGAGCCUCCACGAGGAAAGCAGCAGCGGUCGCGUCAGUCCGGCGAUUCGUCACCAAACUGUAUAG